CAACAUAUGGAGAUUAAUGAAAACAAAAAUGAUGGUCUGCAAGACUGUCAAGCAAAGUGCCCGGCCAUCCCAAUACCCGCCAACCGCGCUCCGUCGCUAUCUUUACUAGAUCAGAAAGAUCGAUCAUUCUAAUUUCUAAUCUUAUUUUCGGCCUUUAUUUCGCACUUGGUGUGCAAACAAAAUCCGUUCUUCCCCACCCAACCCCCCGGUUACCGUCUCAUAUUGCGUGGCUGCUGCAUAUAUAUUCUCCGGUCUCUUCUCUGCUUAGAAGAGAUUGAUUGAUCAGAAGCCAUGGAAGCAGCAAGGACUGCAAGAACUCCUGGCAAGCACAGCCUCAGCAAGAAAGCCUCCUCUUCCUCAUUCCGCCUCCGCAGUGAGAGUCUGAAUUCCCUCCGUCUCCGCCGCAUAUUUGAUACCUUUGACGAGAACAGCGAUGGCAUCAUCACCGUCGAUGAACUUAGCCGAGCCCUCAACCUUCUUGGCUUGAACGUCGACCCCACUGAGCUAGAAUUUACCAUCAAAUCCUUCAUUCGUUCGGGCAACCGCGGCCUUGAAUUCGAAGAUUUUUUAUCAUUACACCAGUCCCUAGAUGACACCUACUUUAAUGGGUGCAAUGACGAUAUCGAUGAUGAUAAUACCGUAGCAGCAACAUCAUGUAAUGGUACUGGUGCAAGUAUGGAAGAUAAGGAGGAGAAAAAGAUGAUGUCACAGGAGGAAUUAGACCUUUCGGAGGCAUUCAAGGUGUUCGAUGAGGACGGGGAUGGUUACAUAUCGGCCAGAGAAUUGCAGGUGGUACUGGGGAAGUUGGGAUUCUCAGAGGGAAAUGAGAUUGACAGAGUUGAGAAGAUGAUCACCUCAGUUGAUCGCAAUCGAGAUGGUCGGGUUGAUUUCUUUGAAUUCAAGGAUAUGAUGCGUAGCAUUCUGGUUCGGAGCUCUUGACCAUCGAUCGAUCACUCUCCAUCCUCUGCAAUUUUAUGCAUUCAUGCUUAUUUCCAUUUGGUUUUGGUGUUGACCUAAUUAAUUAAAUUGUCUUGAUCAUCUUUCGCUUCUUCUAUAUAUUUUAUUGCUUCGACCUUUUUAUACAUAUAGAAGAUCUAUUUUCACAGUUCCUUGGCUCUACUUAUCGAUAUGUAAACACGCGGCCAGACGUGGUGGGAUCCAAUCAAUUAAAAAGGGAUGCUAUUCUCCAUAUUCUUGUGAAAGUGCUACUAAUUAAUUAGGCGCUGGUAGCCUGGUAGAACUAGAUAUCAAUCAAGACACACGGUUUCACCAAUAUAUAUAUAUUU